GUUCCAGUGAACGGCCAGCUUAUAACAUCAGUCAACAUCAGAGAGAAAAAGCUCCUCAAGCCUAAGAAGAAGAGGAAGGCCCAGUGCUCAGACAAGGAGGUGCCAAAAGAUCUGCUGUCUGUGGAAAAAGACAAACUGCAAGAGGAGGAAGGAGUUUGGCAGACCAAAAUCAGCAGCCGAGAAAAGAGACACUUAAGGAAGGAAAGGCUGAAACAAAAAGACCCCAGCAGAGCAUCCCUGGCUAGCUCAGUGGUUGAGCCAGCCUUUGGCUGGGAUGAGAAGGGAGCAGUAUGGCCACUCACAGAGGACACCAGUGGCGGUGGAAAAGGUGCUCUCAUUGCCAAGGCAGAGUGUGGGACCAUGCUGAAGGCCUCAGGAGCCAUACGGGAAGAAUCGGUGCCCUCCCCGUCAGAAGAGGAUGUUUUCUGCAACGUAGGAACAUGGGAUAUUGCAGAAGUAAAAUCCUGUCCUGUGACCUUUGGGACAUUAUCAGAGCUGUCCAGGGAGUUAGAUAACAUGAAGAGUAGAUCAUCUGAGGACAGUCCUUCCAGAUGCUGUUGGCACACCAGCUCGACGUUCCUCCCCGCAGACAAUGCAUGGCAGGGGCAGGAUGAUCCUUCAGCAAUUGACCUAGACUCUGACUGGAAGGCUCCCAUGGAAGAGUGGGGAAACUGGACGGGAGAUGAGGAGCAUCAGACGGGGGACGAGAAGGAGAAGGAUUUGCCGAAAGGCAAAGCAGGCAUUCAUUUCUGCCUUUCUGGACUCGAAAGCAAAAUGCAGCGGAAGAAGAAGAAAAUUGAAGUGAAGGAAGCAAGGGGUGGAGCUGGACUGAGGCAUGUGGUGAACUUGCUGAUGGGCAUCUUGUUGACAGUAGAAGUGACUCAUCCAAACAUAGUGCCAACUGUUGAUAUCCAGUAUGAAGUCAUCGGAAAUUACUAUGCUUCUGAGAGAAUGGCCGAAAAUGCCUGCGUUCUGUUUGCUAUCUCCCUCCUCAUGUUCACAAUCAGUGCCAUGAUGGUGUAUGGUGCAAUCGCUCAUCGUGUAGGCUGGCUGAUCCCAUUUUUCUGUUACCAACUCUUUGACUUUGUGCUCAGUUGUCUGGUUGCCAUCAGUUCUCUAACCUACUUGCCCAGAAUCAAGGAUUACCUGGAUCAGUUGCCGGAUUUCCCUUACAAAGAUGAUCUCCUUGCCUUGGACUCCAGCUGUCUCUUGUUUAUUGUUCUGGUGUUCUUUGCUUUAUUUAUCAUUUUAAAGGCAUACCUAAUUAACUGUGUAUGGAACUGCUAUAAAUACAUCAGCAACAGAAAUUUGCCAGAGAUAGCUGUGUACCCUGCUUUUGAAGCUCCUCCGCAGUAUGUUCUGCCAACCUAUGAAAUGGCAGUGAAGAUGCCUGAGAAGGAACCUCCACCUCCCUACAUACCUGCCUGAAGCAAUUUUUAUGUUAGUUAAUGUCUGUACCAGCUUCCUGGGGGUUUUGUCUUUUAAUCUUGCAAAACUGCUUAAGUAAUAGAAAUAUUCAGGGCUUUAGGAGCAAACUGUUCUGUUUAAAAUAUGUUUGAUAUAAACUUACUAAGCAAAACACAUCUGGGAGUGAUUUUGUUUGCUUUAAUUUUUGUUCUCCUUAAUGCUCUUAAACGUUUUAUUGCCUUAGGGCCUUACACUGCAAGAACUUAUGCAUGUGACUAACUUGUGGCUUUUCAUAAUACCAGCUGAGCCCACCUAUGAUUGAAGUUAGCUACAAUUAUAAGUGUCUGCAGGAUCGUGCCCUUAAUUUAUAUUAAUUUUUUUGUAAAGUAGUUCAUAAAGACAAUCUGAUCAUGCAGCAAAAUGACAGUUUGCCUUUAUCCAUUUUUUGGAGGGGGAGGGGGUUUGAAUGUGGUAUAUACGUGACUUUUUUUUACUUUGCACUUUUCUCAUACGUUAUCUUACCUUAUUGUGUUGUUUUGGUUAUCCUAUGUCUUGAAACAUCGUAGUUUUUGGGAAGAAGUGAGGGUGGCACAGGAGUUGUAUUAGUGUGCUGUGAAUGCAAGAAAAAAAACAGAAAUGUGGAAGAUGGUUGCAUGCUUCUAAUCUUAUAUGUAUUUUCCUCUUUGUGAUAAAUGAUACUUAAAUAAAUCUUUUACGAAAUGUUUACCAG